AUGUCGUCAGGGCUGGCCUCCGACGAAGUCGCCGAGGACUACAAAAAUUCCUUGGAAGAUUUAACCACAAAUGACAGGUUCCAGAUCAGCAAUUUGACAGUCAUCGCCAAAGAGAACACAGAGCAUGCAAUGGCUAUCUCCCGAGUGCUGGAGAAUCACAUCCGAACAACACCGCCGGCUCAGAAGUUGCCCGCCUUGUAUGUAGUCGACUCAAUUGUUAAGAAUGUAGGGACUCCCUAUACUCUUUUCCUCGGUCGCAAUAUGUAUCAGACUUUCAUGAAUGCCUAUACUUUGGUCGACUCCCAGACACGCAGAAAACUGGACGAGAUGCUCAAAACAUGGAAGGAGCCCGUCCCCGGGUCGUUGGACACAAGGCCUGUCUUCCCUCCAGAGAUCACUCGCAGUAUCGAAAAUGCGCUCAUAAAGGCGAGAACGGCUGCCCUUCAACAGCAGCAGGCAAGAGGCCAACAAGAGAUUCUCAGCCGAGGCCGAGUUGGGACUCCUCCGGGCUGGACAAGCAGUUCAACGCCCCAAAAUAUGCGAUAUCCGCCUUCUGCGAAUUCAACUCCACCUAUGCCCUACCAGAGAAACGGCUCCGGGCAUGGCUAUCAAUCGGUAGGCUCCAUGACGCGGUCAACUCCAAGUCCCCAGUCUCAACAACCCACGAAUGUCGACCUGUCAGCCUUGAACCAGGAUAUCGAAUCAUUAAUAACGGCAGCUCGAAGCGAUUUUGCCAACAACCCUCUAGAUCCAUCUGUACAACAGCGUCUGAAGGCACUUUUGGACCUUCAGGGGAUCUUGCAGCGUCAAGAACUAACCCAAGACCAGCUGCGACUUGUCCGUGAUCAGGUUUCGGCGCUUGCGCCGAAGCCUGCUAUACCGGUUUCUUCAAAUAUUCCCCCAAGUAUCCCAAAUAUUCCAACCCCAAACAUGGCCACCCCGCCUACUCAAACUCUAUCACAGCCUUUGCAGCAGCUUUUAAACCCCGGAACGCUUGCUGAGUUGAUCAAGUCCACCGCUGCGCGUCAGCAACCCACCCCACCACCUCAAGCUACCAGCAUCUUGCCGCAAGUCCCAACAAACAACAAUACGCCCCAAUCGGCUAGCACUUCAGCUCCGGAUAACCCACUCGUCGCCGCUCUCAAAGUUCGAGGCUUGUUACCUGCUGUUUCUGCGUCUCCAGCCCCUUCGGUUGCUCCACCAUCAGGCGUUCCCUCUGCCUUUCCACUUAUUGUGCCUGGCCCAGCGCGAUAUGCUCCUCCAGUAACCAACCCCCAAGCGUUACAUGCCUCAGACAUUCAAUUUAAUGUUCAGAUGAACACAGCGUCCAUAAAGAUACCACGGCAUGCCUUGAUUUCUAGCCUCUAUGAAACAAGAUCGAAUCGAUGUGGAACAUGUGGUCGCCGGUUCUUAGCAAAUGAAGAAGGAAAGGAAAAGAAGGCACGCCAUCUAGACUGGCAUUUCCGCACCAACCAGCGAAUGGCCGAUGCCGCUAAGCGGGCUCAGAACCGCAGUUGGUAUGUUGAUGAACGGGAUUGGAUAAAAUCCCGAGAGACCGGCGAUGUCCAGGGUCUUGUUGACCCGGGUACGGCUAGUGAAGGCACAGCUCAAGUAGAUAGUACCGCCGCUAAAAAAGGGCCUCCGAGGCCGUGGAUUCGAGCCCCAAAUGAUGCCACCUUGCGAAAUACUCCCUGUCCCAUUUGCCAAGAAAAAUUCGAGUCGACAUGGUCCGAGGACGUUCAAGACUGGAUAUGGCAAGACGCAGUCAAGGUUGGAAACCGCGUGUAUCACGCCAGCUGUUAUGAGGAAGUAACCAAAGACGGACCCACGCCAUUGCGCCGGGGGACCCCUUCAGGACGCACCGGAACUCCAGAUUCGGUGCUGGGUAAGCGCAAAGUUGAGACGGACUCUCCAGGUCAGAAUGUUCGCGUCAAGGUUGAGCAGAUGUGA